AGCUAGGGGGGUAUCGGGUCCGUGAGUGGGGGCGUCCAGCAUGGCCUCGGAGAAGGGUCUGGACCCCCAAGAGCGGCUCCCCCAUGACGGUACCUGCGAUGCCUGCGAGCCCGAUGAAGCCCAGGCCGCUGUCAAAGUGUGCGAGGAUUGUGGCUUUUGCUUCUGCCGGCCCCACGCCGACGAACACGGCCGAAAAUACCGGGCUCACCGACUGGGGGGCUUCGUCCCCCACUCCGCGGCCACCCUGCCUGGCCAGGGAGGAGGAGGAGAGCAUAAACAGGAGUGUGACAAGCUGGAGAGGAAGAAGUGCGAGGAGCACGGGCAAGAACUGAGCCUCUACUGCAAGAAGGAUGAGCAGAUCAUCUGCGUCCUUUGUGCCGUGACUGGGGCCCAUCAGCAUCACCAUCUUAUCACACUGGAUGAAGCUUAUGAAGCUAUGAGGAAUAGAGAACCUGUUGAUCUGAAGGUGGCAAUGCUGGAGAUGGUGGAAAGGUUAAAAUUCAAGUGUGCGGACCCUAAAGUAAAUCGGAGUGAGAUGAAGCUGUGUGUGCAGCAGGAGUUUGAGAAGGUGCGGCAGCUGGUCAGCGAGGAGGAACGGAAAGCUAUUCACCUGGUGGACCUCCAGGAAGCCGUGGCCACGGCGCACGUGACAGAGGUCCUGGCAGAAAUCCACUUCCACAUGGAAAAAUUGAUGACAGACAUGGCGGAGGUCAAGCGUCAGCUGGGUGCUUUUAAUGACUUAGCGCUGCUCAAGCCAGAGAGAACAGUCAAUGAGUUAAGGGGAGUCCUUUCUGGGUGGCCUGGCGAGUCAAGAAGAGUCAAGAGCAAGAUAUAUGGACUCUUGCUAUAACCCUGGAAAGUCAUCCCUUCUUUGUGUGUCUCUAUGUGUUCUGAUUUCUGUAUGAACGUUCCUAAACCAACUCAAUUUACAUUGCAUCCGAAGACAAUUUGACCAUUUUACCAGGUUAUCUUCAAGUUAGCCCCUGAUUGAUUUUCCCACCAUCCUGUUGAAAUAGACAAAUUCUACCAAGAGUGGAUUGACAUCAAGGACAGUGCUUGAGAAACAGACAUAAGCAUGUUUGAAUGUGUGUAUCCAGGGCAGGGUGCAGUGAUAGCAUUAACCCAGCGUUUGGGGUCCUGUUAGCAGAGUAAUUCUUCUAUCAUUCAGGAGAGUGACCCGGGAUAUCUUGUACCCAGAGUGCUUUUUAAUAUAUGUUGCCAGCAAUUGUAAUAAUAAUAAUAAUAAUUGUGGCAUUUAAGUGCUUUUCUAUGUGCCAAGGAUUGUACCAAAUUCUG